CCUUACUCUUCCUCUCCACAGGUCUGCUGGCCGCGGCGGGCCUUGGCUCCCCCAAGCCUGCUAGGCCUACAAGGAGCUGCAUCCAGGAGGAGCCGCCGCCCGGGAACAAGCUGCCCGCGGGCUCUGGGGACAACCGCCCGUCCGAUGAGCUCGGCUGAGCGUGCACGCAGUGUCGAAAUCGAGGACGCCUGGAUGCUUUUCAUGGCAGAGUGACAAAAGUUUAACAACAAGAAGAGGAGCAGGGCUGCUGAAAGGUGCGGUGCGGCGGCGCCAGAAUGCAGGAUCCUGAGCCCUGCAUGUGAGUCUUCGCGGGGCCGAUCGCUGCGAGCCUCGCUUAGGUCCAGCCGCCUCCAGGGAGGGCAACAUCCACGAGACGCGGGGAGUGAGGGCGGUGCUGGCCGCACCCCUGGUCCUGGGGCCGCGGGAGCGGUGCUAGCAGGCCGCCUUCCACUGCCGCCUACGCUGGGUCGGGUUGCUGCAGCGGUGCCCGCUGCAGGAGCUCCGCGCCUGCUGCUUCUCCGACGUCAGGGCGCCGCCAGGAUGACAGGUGCAGGAGGCUGCGGCUGUGGGCAGAUGUGGUUUCCAGCCCCAGGUCCCGGCGGCCCCUGGCUUCCCAGCCCGCUGUCCUCUGGGCAAGAAGAUGAAGAAAGUCACCCCAUCAGCAGGUCAGCUGCCCCGCCUUGCAGCCCAGCCAGACAAGGCAACCGGAGUUCAUCCUGUCUGAGUUGACUUUGUGCGGGCAGCGGGCCGGCGCCCAGGAUGCUGGGGAGCCCUGCGCGCCGGAGGCCGACAAGCCGUGGGGCCCAGAGGCGCCAUAGGGCGAGAAGGCACCCGCCUCCCAGCGCUUUCACCCCCUGGCCCGCCCGAACUGCUAGGUGUCGCAAUGGCUGAGGCCAAGCCAGGCAUCCUGCCCGGCGGCGGCUGCACAGGGGCGAAAACUGAGAACCCCUGCUCAACCCCAUCUGGGGUGACUGCCAAGUGCCCAUGCCAGCGACCCCGAUCCCCCUCCGGUGGAGGAGUGGGCGGGAGGCACGGCCUGGGGGCCCUCAGGCUGGGCGCGCUGGCGAUCCCGAGGCCUACCAGGCCAUGUACCUCCAGCCCGCCUGGGCACCCAAGCUGCAGCCGUCUUCUGUGUGCAGGCAGCAGCCUCCAGGCAACCCCCGAGCCCGUCAGCACUCCCCACAUCUCAGAACCGGGGCCAGAUGUCCCUGUGGCUGCGGCUAAGCUAGGUGGUCUUCCCUGCGGCGGGAACCGGCUCUCAGCCCCAUUCCCCGUGGCUGCAGAGGGCCACUGGCUACAGGUCCCGAGCUUCAGCAGAGGAGGAGCCGAGCGGGGGCAGGGCCUGGCGGGCUCUCAGGCCAGGUGCACUCGCGAUCCAGAGGCCGCCCAGGCCGUGCUCCACCACCUGGGCGACCAAGCUGCAGGCGCCCUCUACCUGCUGGCGACAGCUGCCUGGCAACUUCCAAGAUGGCUGGCGCUCCCAGCCUGGCAGAACCGGGGCUACAUGUCGCCCUGGCUGCGGCCAAGCCAGGCGGUCUGCCCGGCGGCGGCUGCACCGGGACGGGAACCGAUCCCCAGUCCCAUCCCCGGUGGCUGCGGAGGGCCCCUGUCAGCGGCCCCGAUCUCUCUUCGGAGGAGGAGCGGGUCGGGAGUCAGGGCCAGGCAGGCUCUCAGGCCGGAAGGGAUGCAUUCCUGGGAUUCCGGAACGUCCCGCGCGAGCCCAGGAGAACCCGCAAGCCAGCGACGCCUGCGCCCGAGCUGCAGCCGCCCCCUGCCGGCCACGAGGGCUUGGGAGCGGCUUCCGGAGUCCCGGCUGGCGCUGAGUUGUAGGCGCGCGCCUAACUGGCAUCGCGGGGACUCACGCGGUCUGAGGUCGGAGCGCUGAGGUUCAGGCGCGCGCCUCACUGGCAUCGCGGGGACUCACGCGGUCUGAGGUCGGAGCGCUGAGGUUCAGGCGCGCGCCUAACUGGCAUCGCGGGGACUCACUCGGUCUGAGAGGUCGGAGCGCUGAGGUUCAGGCGCGCGCCUAACGGCUUGACUGGCUCACUCGGUCUGAGAGGUCGGAGGCUGCGAGUGUCGCUGCUGAAGGCUGUGGUGGACCGGGCUGGAUCGCGGAUUCUGAGCUACAUUGCGGGUUUGGGGGUGGAUCUGGGAUUUGGGGGUGGAUCGCGGGUUGCGGGGGGGAUCGCGGAUUUGGAGCUGGGUGGGGGUGGAAAGGCCACGAGGAGCCGCCGCGGCUCAGGAGCGGGUGGUGGGCGUCUGAGAAGUCGCCACCAUGAUGAAGCUCUUCAGCUUCGGGAGACGCCUGGGCCAGGCGCUCCUGAGCCCCACGGACCAAGAGUACUCCGGUGGGAAGUACCACAUUCGGGACUGGGAACUGCGGAAGAUCCACAGGGCUGCCAUCAAGGGCGACGCCGCGGAGGUGGAGCGCUGCCUGAUGCGCAGGUUCCAGGACUUGGACGCCCGUGACAGAAGGGACAGGACUGUUCUACAUUUGGCCUGUGCCUAUGGCCGUGUGGAAGUGGUCACCCUCUUGCUGGAAAGACAAUGCCAGAUCGACAUCUGUGACAGACUCAGCAGGACACCUUUAAUGAAGGCUGUACACUGCCAGGAAGAGGCUUGUGCCAUUAUUCUCCUGGAACAUGGCGCCAAUCCAAACAUUAAGGAUAUCUACGGCAACACUGCUCUCCAUUAUGCCGUGUAUAAUAAGGGGACUUCACUGGCAGAAAAACUGCUUUCCCACCAUGCAAAUAUUGAAGCACUGAACGAGGAGGGAAACACUCCACUUUUGUUUGCUAUAAAUUCCAGGAGACAGCAUAUGGUGGAAUUUUUAUUGAAGAACCAGGCAAAUAUACAUGCCGUUGACAAUUUCAAAAGAACAGCCCUCAUACUUGCAGUAUGGCAUAACUUGUCAAGUAUCGUCAGCCUCCUCCUUCAACAAAAUAUACCUAUCUCUUCUCAAGACAUGUCUGGCCAAACUGCCGAGGAUUAUGCUGUUUGUUGUGAUUUGAGAAGCAUCCAACAACAAAUUUUGGAACAUAAAAAUAAGAUACUUAAAGAUCAUCUUCGAAACGACAAUCAAGAACACGACUUAAAAGUGGCUUCAGAGGAAAAGCAAGAAAUGCUUGAAAGAAGUGAAAAUAAACAGCCACAGGAUUCUCAAAGUUAUGGAAAAAAGGAUGCAAUGUAUGGAAAUUAUAUGUUGAAGAGAGACAUUGCCAUGCUCAAACAGGAAUUAUACGCAAUAAAAAAUGACAGUCUCAAAAAGGAAGAGAAAUAUAUUCAGGAAAUUAAAAGUAUUACAGAAAUAAAUGCUAACUUUGAAAAGAGUACAAGACUCAAUGAAGAAAUGAUAACAAAAAAAAUGGCCCAGUAUUCACAACAGCUUAAUGAUCUGAAAGCUGAGAAUGCAAGGCUGAAUUCAAAAUUGGAGAAGGAAAAACACAAGAAAGAAAGACUAGAAGCUGAAGUUGAAUCCCUCCAUUCUAGCCUGGCCACUGCUAUUAAUAAUUACAAUGAAAUUUUGGAAAGAAAAAACCUAGAACUAGUUUUAUGGAAAGCAGAUGAUGUUUCUAGACAUGAAAAAAUGGGUUCUAAUAUUUCUCAACUAACAGAUAAGAAUGAGUUUCUUACUGAACAGCUCCAUAAAGCUCGGGUGAAGUUCAAUACCUUAAAAGGUAAGCUCCGUGAGACAAGAGAUGGUCUCAGGGAAAAGACAUUGGCUUUAGAAAGUGUACAGGUGGACCUAAAGCAAGCGCAGCAUCAAAUAAAGGAAAUGAAGCAGAUGCAUCCAAAUGAGGAAGCUAAAGAGAGUCAAUCCAUUGGAAAGCAGAACUCUUUAGAGGAGAGAAUAAGUCAACAAGAACUUGAAAAUCCCUUGCUUGAACGACAACUAGAGGCUGCUCAUAAGGAAGGCAAUAACAAAGAGAUAGUCACUAAUAUCCAAGGAGACUGUCUUGAGAAUGGAAAGGAAGCUCUUCUUCCAGAAGAAAAAAAUAAGGAAUUAAUGAAUGAAUAUAAUUACUUAAAAGAAAAACUGUUUCAGUAUGAAAAAGAAGAAGCUGAAGGAAAAGUGAUUGUGAGACAACUUCAAGAAGAACUGGCCAAUCACCUUAAAAAAUUUUCUAUGGCAGAGUCUCCACUGGAAGGUACAUCACAUUGUCAUAUUAAUUUGGAUGAGACAUGGGCUUCAAAGAAGAAAUUAUUUCAAGUAGAAUGUCAAUCUGAAGAAAAACGUGAAGAAUUCAGAAAACUUUUUGAGUUAAUAUCAUCACUGGACUAUAAUGUGGAUCAAAUAAGAAAGGAAAAUCAUGAAUUAGAACAAGAGGCAACUGGGUACAAGAAAUGCCUAGAAAUGACAAUAAAUAUGUUAAAUGCAUUUGGAAAUGAAGACUUCAGUUGCCAUGGAGACUUAAAUACAGAUCAACUGAAAAUGGAUAUUCUGAUUAAGAAGCUAAAACAGAAGUUUGAUGAUCUUAUGGCCGAGAAGGAAGCUGUGUCUUCAAAAUGUGUCAAUUUGGCCAAAGACAAUGAAGUUCUUCAUCAGGAGUUAUUAUCUAUGAGAAAAGUACAAGAGAAAUGUGAAGAACUUGAGAAGGAUAAAAAGAUGUUGGAAGAAGAAGUAUUAAAUCUUAAGACACAUAUGGAAAAAGAUAUGGUAGAACUUGGUAAAGUACAAGAAUAUAAAUCGGAGCUGGAUGAAAGGGCAACGAAGGCAAUAGAAAAAUUAGAAGAAAUCCAUUUACAGGAAAAAGCAGAAUAUGAAAAACAAUUAGAGCAGUUAAACAAGGAUAAUACAGCUUCACUAAAAAAGAAGGAACUCACACUUAAAGAUGUGGAAUGUAAAUUCUCCAAAAUGAAAACUGCUUAUGAAGAGGUUACAACUGAAUUAGAAGAAUAUAAGGAAGCCUUUGCAGUAACAUUGAAAGCUAACAAUUCCAUGUCAAAAAAAUUAACGAAAUCGGAUAAGAAAAUAGCAGUGAUCAGCACCAAGCUCUUUAUGGAGAAACAGCGGAUGAAAUAUUUUCUCAGCACUCUUCGUACAAAGCCAGACCCAGAGUUACCUUGUGUUGAAAAUCUUAAUAGUAUAGGACUUGACAGAAAAUACAUUCCCAAAACGGCCAUAAGAAUUCCUACUUCAAACCCACAGACUUCAAAUACCUGCAAGAACUCCUUGAAUGAGAUGGAGCUGGACUGUGUAGAACAAAUAAUUACAGACACAAAGAAAACUUUUGCUGUGAUGGGCACUUGCUCCCGUCUACUUUCUUCUCUAGAAUCCGCUGCAGCCCGAGAAUGAGUAAUUUUUCUUAGAAGCAGAGUUGGAACCACCGAGGAAGCACAGGCGAGCCCUUCUCAUCACGCGCUCACUAGUCCCCAACAGAAGAACCACUGCCACAUCCACUGAAGUACCAAGAAACUAGCAAAGGGCCUUCUAGCUGUCUGGGGACAGUCCUCAUGUGGUCCCUGGCUCAGCCUCAAGGGUUCUUGAUUUGUCUCCCUGCAGCCUCUGUGCUGUGUCUCUAGAUCAGGGCUCUGCAGGAAGGGCCCUGGGAGACCCAGCAGCACAGCGUGUCUUGUCUGCCAAAUGUCCCUCCCUUCUUCCCACUCUGACACUCAGGAAUAGGGAAGAUGGCAUGUCCAGGCAGAGCCAGGCCACCUCAUUGUCUCCUCUGAGAUGGGCCCAGAGGGCCUUGCGGGGCUCCCGUUGUGGUGGGUUGUGUCACCCCACGAUGUCACUCUUGCUGAGUUCCCAUCGCCUCUGUGUUUUGGAGCAGUUAGAGACACACAGCAGUCUCUGUGAGUGGCUCUGCAUGAAGGAUUGUUUUCUAGGUGAGAGGCACAUCUCAACAUAGCUGACUGAUCAGACUCAGCAAUUCCAUUCUGCAUCUCUUCUGGACACCCCCAGGACCACCAGGACAACCCCAUCAUGGCCCUGUCACCAGGCCCAGUCUGGCUCCAUGAUAAUCAAGAAGCAGGUCCAGAGACAACCACCCUACUUGGUGCCUGCAUCUGACCCCCCUUGGUGGGUAGUGACCAGCACAACAUGGAAGAAGCCAGAGCAGCAUGCAGCCAGCUGCCCUGCAGCCCCAGAUAGCACCUGGGCCUUGGGAAGUCAUUCUCAAAGGGGAAGCUGGAAACUUUGAUGUCCCUGGAGGGAAGGGUGAACGUGGCAUCCGAACAACCCUGGCAACCAGCAGCAUCUUCUCAUCCAACCUGUUGGACAGAGGCCCCCUGCUGGGGAACGAGAUCCAUACCUAAAGGGUCCUGGCCCAGUCGGGCCUCGUCCUGGGCCCUGGGAGGGGAGGGGCACUAUGGGCCCCCCAGCAGCAGUCAGCAUUACCACCCAGGGGACUCAGCCUUCUGUGGCCCUGGGAGGGGAGGGGCACUAUGGGCCCCCCAGCAGCAGUCAGCAUUACCACCCAGGGGACUCAGCCUUCUGUGGCCCUGGGAGGGGAGGGGCACUAUGGGCCCCCCAGCAGCAGUCAGCAUUACCACCCAGGGGACUCAGCCUUCUGUGGCCCUGGGAGGGGAGGGGCACUAUGGGCCCCCCAGCAGCAGUCAGCAUUACCACCCAGGGA